AUGCAAAUCCGGCUUAGCCUGCGUGGAUGGAAGCGCCUGAAGAAGGACUUUGUUCCGAAGCCCUUGCCCGAUGUCUUUUGGGAUGAUGACGAGUGGAUAUCGCAGUGCAUGAGAAAGGGCAACAAGGCUGACACACCUGCCAUCAACAAUUUCUUCGUCACCAACAAGUGGAAGUUUCUUCUGAUUGGUGAGAAAGGCGGGGAGAAACAGGGCAAUAUGAUGGAUGUUAGUGUGAAUGAACAUGAACAACCCAGCAGCCAACUUGAAGAUGGGUGGCGUGUGUGGGUAUUUGUACAUAUUUGUACUACCGGCUGGGUGGAUGGGUUUGAUGAUGAGGUCCUGGGUGCGUUUUUGUGA